AUGAAAAGAGCAAAACAAAUCAACGAGUUGAAUCAGAAGGAACUUUCUCUGGGCUAUACAAACACUCCAUCUUCAUGGCAUCAUCAGGAAAAAAAUCGAACAGCCUACAUCUACAUUGGAGGCUUGGAUUUCCGAUUGACGGAAGGUGAUUUACUCUCAGUUUUCUCUCAAUAUGGAGAAAUUGUUGAUAUUGAUUUGGUUCGUGAGGAACAGGAAUUGACCAGUAAGGGAUUUUGUUUUAUUGCCUAUGAAGAUGUUCGCUCGACAAUAUUGGCCAUUGAUAAUUUGAAUGGCAUUGAAUUGGGUGGAAGAAUAAUAUGUGUCGAUCAUGCUCCUAAUUAUUAUAAGAAGAUUGUCGAAGAUCCGGAAGAACAACAAAAUUCUGGCAGGAAUGGAGGAAGAAAUUCAUCAUCUACUACUGGUCGGUUCAAUAACAGAUAUCAACAAGAUAAGAAGGAAAAUGUUCCGAAAUAUGAAACUAUGGAAAAGGAUGGAAUGAUUUAUAAGAAAGUAAAGAAGGCUAAUGAUGAUUUUGAGUGGACUUUGUAUCAUGAUGCCAUGAAAAAGAGAGAUCCUAAUUGGCUUCACAAGUAUCUAAUGAUGACCAUGUUUGAGGGAUCACCAUCAAAUGGAAGACACGAUUCUAGUGAUGAAGAAGAGGAUGGAGAGGAUGAAGGCUCAGCUGUUGUGAAAUCACCAACUCAACUUGAAAAGAAGGAAAAUGAAGAACCAAAGAAGAAACUUUCAAAAGAGGAAAAGAAAAGAAAGAAGGAAGAAAAGAAGGAAAGAAAGGAAUUGAAAAAGUUGAAAAAGAUGGAAGAGAAAAUGUUUGGAGGACUCAAUGCUGAUAUUUAAUUGGGAAACUCGGCCAUAUUUGUCAAAUUAACAAAUUAGUAUUGAUAAAUUUGUUAACUGUACAGAAGUAGAUUCUAUUGGUUUCAAGCUAAACUAAAAAGGAUAAGUGAUUAAUAGAAAGAAACCAAAUUAG